GGGGGCGGGGCGGUGUGAGGCGCCGGCCGGCCGGUGUGAGAGCGGCUCCCGGGCCGCGCCGGAGCGGACGAUGCAGUCGGUGUUGGCCUACGGCCGCCUGCUGGCCCGCGCCUUGCUGGGCAGCGGUCUCCGGCGCUCCGACCGCCGCGAGUACCGGCUCAUCACUGCGGGCUGCGGCUUCGGCAAGGACCGCGGCAAGGGCCCGGGCUACGGCGACGACGCCUGCUUCGUAGCCGCUCACAGGCUGGCCGACGUGAUCGGAGUUGCAGAUGGCGUUGGAGGAUGGUGGGAUUAUGGCGUGGAUCCAUCUCAAUUUUCCACGACUUUGAUGAAAACUUGUGAACGGCUGGUUCACGAAGGACUAUUUAUUCCCAGUAACCCAGUGGGCAUCCUGGUGGCCAGUUACAAAGAAAUGCUUCAGAAUAAGGUUCCUUUGUUGGGAAGCAGUACUGCCUGCCUUGUAAUUCUUGACAGAGAGAAGCAUUGUUUAUACACAGCUAACUUGGGAGACUCUGGCUUUCUCAUCGUACGCGAUGGGAGAAUCAUUCAUCGAUCAGAUGAGCAGCAGCAUUACUUCAACACUCCUUUCCAGCUGGCAAUUGCACCCCCCGAAGCCCAAGGUUCUGUUCUCAAUGACAGCCCUGAAACAGCAGAAGGCUUCACAUUCAACAUGGAAGUGGGUGAUAUAAUUCUUACAGCAACAGAUGGGCUCUUUGACAACAUGACUGACUACAUGAUCUUGCAACAGUUAAGGCUGAUGAAGGAUUGUAAUUACGACAGUUUGAAGCGAACAGUGAAAAACAUAGCUGAACAGGCUCAGCAACUGGCGUAUGAUCCAAACUACAUGUCACCCUUCGCACAACGUGCCUGUGCCAAUGGGCUGAAUGUUCAAGGUGGCAAACCAGAUGACAUCACUGUGCUAUUAUCAGUCGUGACGGAGAACAAAGAAUGAGGAGAGGAAACCUUUGUCUCUUUGGCCAGAAGUGGCCAGUUGACACACCUGAAGAAGUGGCAUCCCCUCAUCUCCACUGUGAGAAUCCCACUAAUCUCAACCAGGCAAGCCAAUGGGGGCCAUUUGAGAUGGCCAAGUGCAAGGAUUCCCAGUGGCUGAAGUACUGGGUGAACAAUCACUCUUUUCAGUUCCUGUAGUUUGAAAAAAAUUACACCUCGCUCUUUGCUGCUUUUUGCAUCCUAUGAAAUGUGUAAAAUAGUUUGUCUUUGAAGUCUGUACUCCCUGCAUUUGUCCACAACUGUAUAUUAACCUCUUUUAAACAUUUGUCAUAUUUUAAACACAAUGGUAAAGCCAUUCACGAAAAUGAUUUCUGAAAAUCUAGCCUACUAAGAUGGAUGCUUUUUCAAAAAAAAAUUGUCCAUGAAAUACUUUGCAUUCUUGAACUUAAACUUACUAGAAGCAAUACCAUAAUAACCAAAAUGUAUUUACGUUUAAAAUAUGCAUUUCAAUGUGUUUUAGCCAUGUGUUUAUGAUUCCUGCGAUACACAUUCUAUUUUGCCAACAUCCUUUCUCCUGAAUAUGGCUAGAGUAUUGUUUUUUGUCUCAGACUAUGGGAAAGGAGUUCUGAAUUGGUUAAGUACAGAUCCAGUCUCAGUUCUAUGUACGAAAACAAGUGGAGUCAGUGUGGAGACAAAUUUUAGUAUGAGUCGCAUCAACUUGGAAAUAGGCCCUUAGGCCCAGCUUGCCCACACCGCCCAACAAGCUCCAUCUACAAUAAUCCUGCCUGCAUUUUGCCCAUAUCCCUCUACAUCUUUCCUAUCCAUGUUUCUGUCUAAAUAUUUCUUAAAACGUUGCGAUAACACCUGCCUCAACUACCUUCUCCAGCAGUUUGUUCCAUAUACCCACCAACCUUUGUAUGAAAAAGUUACUCUUCAGGUUCCUGUUACAUUUUUUCCCCCAUCACCUUAAACCAAUGUCUUCUGGAUUCCCCUACUUUGGGCAAGAGACUAAGUGUGUCCACCCGUUCUAUUCCUCUCAUAAGGUGGUUUUGAUGCUCUGGUGUCUUAUGGAGCAUGUAAAUUGUUUCCAAUCAGAACUCAUCAAAUCUUGACCGUCAGUGCCUAGCAACCCAAUGUACUGAGGAACAGCCACCCUUCUCAGUUCUCCUUGUAUACCAGCAUGACUGCCACCCCAUUAUUUCUCCACUUAAACGUACUGGCUUUGCCAGAAAGAAUUAUUGUUCUGAUCCAAAGUUGUUUUGAGAAUUGUUUGCGAGCAGUCUAUACAUUUAAGUAGUGAGACCUCUGCAAAUCGAUAAUUGUUGAUAAAUAGUUUAAGCUGCAAAGCCUUCACACGAACAGGCUGAAGAGCAAUGGAUAAAAUUGCCGCAUCGAGCACAUCUGGAAUUGGUGCUGUUGCCGCCACAAGAAACCUUCACUUGAACCAUCCUUCUGGGUUUGCCAUGAUUUGUGCAGCAGGCCAAAGGCUCCGUGCCAUUGUAUGCAGCUACAGCUGGAGGAAUGGACUUUGAAGUCCGAUGCUUGGUUAGUUUAACUAGAACUGAACUAGACCAGUCUUUGGCUCUAAUGCUUAAUCUAGUGUUUUAAUUGUAUUCUUAAAACUAAAAAUGAUUCAUUUUUGUUCCAGAUGUUUUAUUUGGAGAAUUGGUAAAAGUUAUUACAUUUUAAAUCCCUUCCAUAGCUGAUUGUUUGCCCUGAUAAUCUUUUUUUUUUUUAAGACAUAAAAUGGGUAGCUGCUUGAGGAGACUUAUGGUCAACAUUUAUAUUCUUGAUGUUGAAAUAAGUUUCAAUUUGUUCUGAAUUCUUUCAACACUGUGCUGAGUUUAGACGCUCUUCUGUAUCAGGGUAGCAGUUAACUGAAUGUGUUAUGAUGAUGGGGUUCUGUUGAUUAGACUGUUUGAGUUCAAUGUUCCCUCCAAAAUGGAUGUAGAAUAAUCGACUAAUUGCUGAAGAUUGCUGAUGGGACGUGGUCACUUCUUUGGCUGCUCGCUGUGUAGGCACCAAGAUGAUCUGCUUUUCAUUCAUGGUGCAGCCUGUCCUGUCUGCAGUGCCUUCAGUCAUAGGGUUUGUGUUGGUCCACCAGCAAUUACUCUGGACACGAAGAUUGGAGAAAUUAGAAACUACAACUUAGAGAAGAUUUUGAAAUCAUGAAUUUUUGCAAAACAAGAUAAGGCCAUGGAUGAUGGUGUUUGGACAGAGGUGCUUAUUUGUUUCAGCAGCUUAGUGAUUCUUGGUGCAAGAUGGAGUAAUCUAACCCCAGUCAAACAAAGUGCUUCAUCUUGAAGUUGUACCAUAGAAGUUAACAUUUUGUGGCUUUUCAAGAGUACUGAUAUGCACAUUUUAAAUUGUGAUGGAGCUGCUUGCAGAUUCCUGGCAUUUUAAGAAUCUGCAUUUCACCUGUGAUCUGAAGGAUGCUGGCUGGUAGAGUAUCUAUGCACCAUUGGGAACGGGAAGGCUUGCUUCACUUUAUAUGGUCUUUAACCCUUCUUGUGAAAGCAAAGUGUGCGUUUGCUUUGUUAGCUCAGCAACUUCAUGUAUUGUUUCUGACUCUGCUCCUCAGUUGGAUGUAUUACAAAAGUUUGGGAAGGGAAACAUUGUACGUGAGGGCGAGAAAAGUACAAUGAAAGUAAUUUAUCUUUAAUAUUUUGAUAUGAGUAUUUAGAACUGCAGUUUUAUUUAGUGGGAUAAAUUGCAAGAUUCAAGCUUGAGGGAGAACCAGACAAGCUUUGUGUUACACUAGCAUUGCGACUGUUUCACUCAUUUCUCCAUUUGAGCGGGAUGCAUGUUAUAACUUAUCUUACGAUUUGUUUUCUGGGAAGGAAGAGUUACUACUGUCGAAUUGAGCCAUUGAUAUUGCUACAGCAAUAUGUCUGUGAUUCUCUGUAUAUAAUUUGUUUGUAUAUAUCAGAUAAAUGCACUAUUUACAUGGACUUGUGCUGGUGCUUUUCAGGUUUGGUUAUGCUACAGUCUUGAGUUUUCUUUGAUUAAUGUAUUUAAUCUUUCAUGGCAGAUCAUAAGAAUUGGAUAUCUUAUACUAUUAUGAGAACUUUGCACUUGAAACCUUUAGGACAUGCCUUGAUCUUUUUUACAUAGAGUUCAAAUAUAGAAACUGAAGUGCAUGGUACUGUGCGGUUUAUUGAUCCCCAGUUUAUUUGUGGUGUUUCCAGACAUUCUCAGUCGACACUACCUAUCAUCCUUGAAGAUUGGACCAUCUAAUGCAAGAAUGUAGUUUUGCUAUGUUUUGAUGUAAUAUUGUAACAUGCACCUUCCAAAAAAUGUCAAUGCCAUUCCAGGAUGUGGGGAAAGGGAGUUUACUGUCUCUGAAGACAGAUGUACUGAAAGCUUUUAUUUCAUAGUGAUUUGCAGCACAGAGGUCAUUUGGUCCUUAGAACUUGUGUGAACAUAGUCAUUAAUCCUACCGCAAGUGUUCCCUUUUCUGAUAAUCAAGUACCUUUGGGAAUUUUGUGUUGCUUUUUUAUUGCACCACUUUUUCAGGUAAUACAUUAUCUUCCUAUGUGUUUCAAAAACGUUCCCCAUGUCAGUGAGCGCUGAUUGUUAGCUUCCCCACCAGUGUAAAUGUUAAGUACACUUUAUCAAAACAUUUAUUCGUCCCUUUGCCUGCACAAUGAGAUGAGGACAAACGUAAUUAAAAGCUGACUUAAUUUCUGCCUUCAGGAUCUGAAGUAUAAAAUGGUCAGAAGCCGGGUGAUGCUUCCUUUCAGAUGUUUUAAAAAGAAGCCCUUACUGGGAUUUCUGAGAAUCCACAAUUUAAUUUAGGUCAAUUAUGCACUUCUGUCUGGCUUCUUCAAGACCACAGAACGCUGCCAAGGCUUCAUAAACCUUUUUAUAACCAUAUACACCUUGAUUUAAUCCCUGGUUUAAAUAGCAAAUUCAGUUGCUCCUGGAACUCCUAUUAUGGGCGUUGUCUGUAUAUAGUUUGUCCUUUCUCCCUGUGGCCACGUGGGUUUUACCAUGUGGUCACAUCUCGCAUCCUAAAGGCGUGCAGGCUUGUAGGUUAAUUGGCUUCUGUAAAUUGUCUCUAGUGUGCAGAAUGCAAAACUGGGAUAACUAGUGUACGGGUGAUCAUUGGUCAGCAUGGGUGGGCUAGAGGGCCUGUUUCCAUGCUGUAUCUCUAAACUAAACCUGCUGAUCUAUUGUCGGGCAGCCUGGCCCCCAGCCCUGGUUUAUUGCAUUCACAAGCGCUCCAUCUAGUUUGCAAUCAAUUCAUUUGUUUAAAGUGGAUAUCUACUGAAAGAUGUAUUUCUUGCCCUGUUUAAAAAAACGAACAAAUCUUCACCACACUGGCAAUGCAGGAUUGAGGAGUUUUGUUAAACCUGUUUUAGACGAAAUUGGAGAAGAAAAAUAUAUUUGCAGUGAAUAAUGUUAAAAUUGUAGAAUUUGCUGAUAGAAAUUGAAUUAUCCAGUAAAAUGAUUUAAGCAAUGUAUAUUGAAAUGGUAUUUUGUGCAUUAGAAAAAUUCAAAUCAUAUAGUCAAAUGAUAUCAGUGUAUUUAAGAAAAGACUAACAAUACAAGGAUAACUAUGAACUACAAUGAUGUGACAAAUGGAAACUUGCCACUGAGUUCAACGUUUUACGCAGAUCAGCUACAGGGUAACUUAGCUUCGAGAGGUUAAACAGACAAAGAAAAAUAAAAAGUUACAUUUAAAAAGAGAGCCCCCUAGGAAGGUUGUCCAGUAUCCAGAUUGGACCAUUAGGUGCCAUAUACUAUUGAUAUAACUAUAUCAAAUUUUCUUUAGUAUGGUCAGUGGUACACAUCAAGAUGCUUUUCCAUAGCUGCUCUGUUGACCUGGCUACUUGCCACUAAUAACGUCAUCUCAUGUGUUGAAGUACAGACACAAAAGCAAAAUCUAUCUUUUUACAUUAAUGAAUACAAUGUAAAUAAUAAAAUCCUCGCCACAUUCACAAUAGUAGUAUGGCACAAUACUAAUACAUUAUAGUGCCAUAAAAUGUUGAAUUUCAAUAAUCCAAGGCAAAGCUGAUCUCCCAACGAGAGCAGAAAAUUAUUUUAACCAUUGCAACCCAAGAAAGCUAAUUAUUGAGUCAUUUCCAGGAGCCAUCUCCGUUAUGGCUCCAACCACAAAUCCAAAUGCUGCAACCUCAUUGACUUGACAGAAAUCCUUUACUCCUUCUUUAAGAAGGACAUUUUUUGAGCCUGCUCAAUGCAUGUUUUUCCAUGAUCCAUCAUUGAUCUUUAAAUCUAACAGUGACAUCGAUGUUAGAUGUAACCACAUCCCUUUAAACACUUUAUCCAAAAUUCAGCAUCCACCACCUUUGUUCCUCAGAUGUAGACCAUUCAACUAUUCAUGUGUUUGCACAGAAGAUCACCAAUCCGAUUAUGUCUCUUCAUAGGGGGUAAUUUAUCAGCGGGGGACGGCAAUCCCCAAUGCUUCAUGAAUCAAGCUGCAACACCUGCAGGAUUUAAGCUGCCUUUUACAGGAUGAGCGUUAGUACUUAAUUAACACUCAUUAAUUAAUUUAUUGGCUGGCUUCUGAAAAAUAACUAAUGCCCUUUAUCCAUUUCUUAGCCGGAAUCACACCUAAAAUAAGCUGUAAAACUUUUCCUUCAUCCAGCUUCUGUUCACAUUUCUACUGAUAUUGCCAAAGACAUUUGAGGCACAACAAAAUUCCUAUCCAUGAUAAUCCUUAAAACACAAGAUUACAAACCUUCUGGACCUUGGUCUCCAGAUUUCAUGAAGGAUGUAGGGACAAGGGUUCCUCUAUCCCUUCGCAAUACUCCAUGAGUGUUACUAAUGACCUCACUGGUGAUCUGGUCACCAGACCACCAUCACGAGCCUUCAAAUGCAACAACCUUUGUUCAUGCAGAUAGGUAAAUGUAAAACCUACCAACAAUAUUUUUGACAAUCUCAUCCAUACAUGUAAAUACAUUUUGUAAUCCCUCAUUUAAUACAUUGUGUGAUAUCCAGUUUAAUAUAUUUUAUGAUACCUCAUUUCAUGGUUUGUGGUACCAUGAGGGUGUAGUAAAGAUGAGAUGCCACAUAAACCUUAAACAACUCCAGCUUCUGAGUAGGUCUCAGCCUAGCUUUGUCAGCAUUAAUUGACCACCUAGCUAAUCUUUGUUUGAGGCCUUCUCUAAAACUUCCAAAGGUCAACCCUUCCACGUAAAUACUUUUGCAAAGAGUUGGGAUCAAUAAAAUCCAAAUCUGUCUCAUUAAUUUUCCAUUUUGUCUUGUUAUCAAUGAUAGUUUUAGUUUUAGUGGACAUAUAUAUAAAAGCCAGCUGACAUUUUGACAUUAAUUUGUAAACCAGUCUUUAGCCUGAAUUUCUCCACAAUCCUGUGGUUGACGCUCAUACCUUUAAAUGAAUCAUUGAUAAUCGCUAUGUCAUCAUAAGGGCAAGAGCAGCACACAAAAUGUUAAACUCAUUGGGUUAAAACCACUCCCAUCUGUCUCCAAAGAACAUAAAAACAUUGAUUGCACAAAUAAACUAAGAGAGAGUGGGUCAGCGUAUUUAAUGCCUCUCUUAAUAGGAGUGAGAGCAGUUUUCCCCAUCUACUCUCAAUUGUAAAAUUAUCUGUAAAGAUCCAAAGUAAUUUCCAUAAAAUCUUAAGGAAUCUUCUAAGAAACAACGAUAGCCUGGAAAAGUAAAGAAAAGUAAAAUGGGUUCAACAAGUGAUGAAAUCAAAACAUGUAUUGGAUAAGUCUGAUCUUGUUCAUGUUAACAAGAAUAAUCAAAUAUACCACACUUAUUAUUUGUGCUUCACUUAUUUUGUUCUUUGUCCUCGCAUCAUUAUUUCAUUCUAUGUAUCUUUUUUCCAACUGAGGUAUUUGUCCCAUUGUUUCUUUUACAAUUAUAUAUUUGUCUUCAGUCUCACUCUCCUCCAUAAACCUCUCCCUCAGAAUGCCCCCGCUGCUCCUGCCAUGGUAUCUGAACUUCCUCCCUCCUUUGUCUUCUCUUCUGUUUGCCUCCUUUCUUUCUGUGUUCCUCAUCCCCACACUGUCUUUCAUGCUUUCAACCAAUGGCAAUAGAUGUUUACCAUAUUUCUUUCCCACAAAAAACUGUUGUUUCAGAACAUGGUGGAAGUUGUGUCUUUCAGUGGAAAUGACGGACAAUUAUCAAACCCCAUAUCUGCACGUCCUAAAAUGAAGUUGAACGUCACAAAACUAUUUCAGAGCUGUACAUUGUCCAUUCAAUCAAGAUGCCACUUAUGUGGGUUUAUUAAACUGUCUUGCUUUCUGUAGAGUAGAGAGAUUCUUUAAUUUUGAUGUUUUUAAUUAUGUUUUAAUUUCGAUGUUACCUUUUUUAGAUGUUGAAAAUCUGGCAUUGAUGUUACUAUUUGAGGAAGUUUCCUCUAUUUCUAAUUUGAUACCAGAAAUAAAUCUUCUACAGCAUUGAUGGCUUCUGAUUGUUCUACAACCAACAUCAUCAGAUGGGUAACUGACUGUCAUAUGUCUGAAGGUUGAGCUUUUAGCUCCAAGACAUCAAUAGCUUCAGUUAGAAUUCAUUAAUAUAACAAUCAAAAGAAUAAAACCUAUGUUUAAUUUUAUUUAUUGUGCCAUAUUAGUUUAAUUGAGUGCUGGUUGUAGAUUGUUGGCAUCCAUUAGCAACUUUGGGACCAAACCCUGGCUUUUUGUUGCACUUUUAUCUUCCGUCCCCCAACAACCCAAUGGAAAGAACUAGAUUUUAAUCAUGUGUCGGAAGGAACCGGAGAUGCUGGUUUACACCGAAGAUAGACACAAAAUGCUGGAAUAACUCAUUGGAACAGGCAGCAUCUCUGGAUAGAAGGAAUGGGUGAAGUCACCCAUUCCUUCUAUCCAGAGAUGCUGCCUGUUCCGCUGAUUUACUCCAGCAUUUUGUCUAAACCAGCAUCUGCAGUUUCCUCAUUCAGUGAAAAGUUUAGCAAACUCUCACAUCUCACUGGCUUUGCACAUGUUGCUUGGAUCCGAUUAACUUGGACUGUUGCGACUCUUUAGGUAACUAAUUUGUGCUCAGCUAGUUGCCAGUGAUGGGGGAGAGCCCAGUUAUGUCAUGUCCAGCUAUCUGGGGACAGGGCCCUCUCUAUCUGCUGUGAAAACUGCAAUCGUAAUACUUAAUAUCUCCAAUAUUCAGAUAUUUAAGAACUACCAACAUUAAACUUAAAAUAAAUUUCUAGGGAGAAAGGAAGCAUUGAUGUUUUGGGUGGAAAUCCUGCAUCAGGAUCGGGUCUUAACCAAAAUAUCACCAGGCACCUCUCCGCCCAGAACUGCUGUUUGACUUUACAGGAAAUUGUUUGUUGCUCAGGUUUCCAGAAUUUGCAGACUCUUGUGUUUCUAAAAUUCAUUAAAGUGCUGUUAAAAUUAAAUUUGUCUGCAAACAAAAAAUACUUAAAAUAAAAAUGUUUAUGUGAACUGAAAUGGUAUAAAAAUAAAUCUGUGCCUUAGAAUCGCCAGUGAAAUCAGUAAAUUAUAGUCCGAUGUGGCACUGAAUAUAGGAGUUGUUUCCUCAACUGCAACCCAACACCUUUGAAUGGCUGCUUUAUGAUAGAAGCACGUGAAAUAUUCUUUUUGAGGUGUAGGUAGGAUUAUUUAAAUAUUCUUGGUGAUAGAACACUGGAUCAAGGACCAAAUAUUGCAAGGUGAUCAGAAAUGUAACCUUCAACCUGACGCUUAAAUGUACAAAUGUUAAUACUUAAAAAGAUGAUUUUAGUUUGACUGUAGUGAAAGUACGCAGCUUUAUCCUUUCAGAGUCUGUAAAACCCACAAACUGGUGUGUCAAUGUGAAAAGUAACCUUCAUUUUUAAAUGGUGUGCUUUCAUUCAAAUUUGAACAUUUUCUCCCUCAUUUACUCAGCAUUAAUGUUGGGUUUAAAGAAGGGUCCCAACCCGAAAGAUUCUCUAGUGAUGCUGCCUGACCCGUUGAGUUACUCCAGCACUUUGUGUCUUAUCUAAUGUUGGGUUAUUGUUUUUCAUUUUACGUAGCUGCUACAUAACCGAACUCUGAAAAGCACCAGUGUGGUUAAAAAAAGCACUUGUUUGCUGAGGUGCGUAAUGUCUCAUGGAAAGUGUUCCUGGAAUUUGAAUUUUUUGUCUUUGCCUGUAUUCUGAAAAUCAAGCUGUUCAUUUUUCUUUGUAUCUGAUAUUCUAAAAUUUCGGUUUGUUGAAAUUGUUGGUUUGACAUUAUAAGUUAUGAACUGUAAAUUUAUUGAAGAAAUUAUAAUCUUUAUUUAUUUAAA